AUGGCUAAGAAAAAGAACAAGUCCAUCUCUCUCGUCGAUCUCCCUGAAAUCGAUGUAGCUGCAUCUGGGUCUUCGACCCUGGGGAUAAACCUCUCUUCUUUGGCUAAUCUACCUUUCGGCUCUGCUACUGCUGCGUCUGGGUUUUUGGUUCCUACUCAAUCUAGUCUAGUAUCUGGUCAUGGGUCUCCUGUCGGUCCGGUUUUGCCAUUAGUGGUGGUUUCUCCGUCGACUCUUCAUUCUGAUUCUCCUCCGAUUUCGGAGUUCGUUCUCCUCUCGGCUGUGGCCUCUCCAUCAAAGAAUUAUGCUGCUCUGCUCAAAAGCUCUGCUCAGUUACAGGAACUGGGAAUCCCGGUGGAACAUGUUUCAGGCGCCCCUUUCGUCCUUAUUCCAGAUGAGAACAUUGAAGCUGCAAAGUUGAAAUUCAAAGAUUUUAUUUACGCUCGAUUUCAUGGUGACUACCCUUUAAUGGGGGAAAAUCAUUGGUGUCGUAAAUGCGGUUUGGGCAUGAACUGGCCCAAGGAUCUUUGUCCACAACAUUGGACAAUGUAUGUAUCUUCUUCGAGUUAUAAUCCAAGAACUCGUGAGGUGCUUCUGUCUCGUACCUGCUGGAACAUUGGUGGUCUUCCAAUGUUUGUUGCUCCAUGGUCUCCAGACUACUCUCCGGAUGAACCACCUCUCACUACCGCUAUUGUUCCGGUUGAGAUGCGAAAUGUUCCUUAUCUGAUCUUCAACAGGGAGAGUUUGAGCCGUAUUGCGACUGCGGUUGGCAAACCAGACUCACUUGCUCCGGAAACGGAGCGUAAGGAAAACUUCGAGGUGGCGAAACUGUAUGUGAGGGUUGACCUUACAGCGCCUCUGCCAAACAAGAUAAUAUCUGGUUUUUUUAAUGGUAGGGAGGUUGAGAUUGAUGUUUCCUAUACAUGGCUACCAGUUAAAUAUGAUGUAUGCAAAAAGUUUGGCCAUAGCUCAGUAAAGUGCGCAGUUGGAGUGUCUGAAGUAGGGCCUGAGAAAACGGGUGCAAGGAAAUCUCCCCCAGAGACUUCAAGAAGACGGUCAAAGUCAAGGCCAAGUCGUUCUAUUGAGAAGAAAUUGAAGGAAGGGAUCUUCUGUUACGUUCCAGUGAUCCAAGAUUCUCAAGUGACGCCUACAAAUACUAAAUCUAAGUCCCUCCUGAGGGUGCUGGACACUAAACUAUCUCAGCCUCCUUUAGAUAUUGAAUUUGUUAGUCCCACUGCGGAGGAACAGAAACAUGACAAGAAUGAAGCUCAGUCUGCAGCUUUUGAAGAUGACUCUAAAGAAUCAAACCCUGCUGCUCCUUCAGAAAGUACAGCUACUGGAGUUAUUGAUCUGGCUGAAGUGUCAACAGGUUCUGUGGAGGAUGGCUUGGUAUCUGCUGCUGCUGAUGGAGGGCACUCAGGGAUUCUUUUAAAUGAUUCUGAGAAAGAUUCGGGGAAUGUUAUUACUACUCUGUCUACACUGACUGAUACCGGUUCUGCUGUGGUUUCUGUCGAGACACACGGUGCUGGGAACUCUGAAGAACACAACACCAAUCAUCCUGUUGAAGAACAUGAGCGAGAAAACCCUUUUUUCCUGGAAAAUAUCUCCCUAACGGUUACCUUUGUUUACGGGUUUAACUUGGUGGAAGAUAGGAGGAGCUUGUGGAACAAUCUCGUUGAUUUACAGACUUCCUCUCCAGUUUCUUCUUAUCCUUGGUCGGUCCUAGGUGACUUUAAUCAGAUGCUGCAUACUUCUCAUCACUCCAACCACCUUACUUCUCGGGUUGAUGUGUCGGGAAUGGACGAGGCAAACAUUUGCUUACAAGAUGCUCAGCUGCUUGAGGCGCAGGCCAAAAGCUUACCUUACACUUGGAGAAAUAGUCAAGAUGACAGCCCUAUCUCCACUAGGAUUGAUCAUGCUUUCAUUAAUCAGGCUUGGUCAACAGCGUUUCCAGACUCUUAUGCUGAUUUCUUGGACCCUUCUCAGUCGGAUCAUGCCCCUUGCCUCUUUCGGAUGCCUUCUAUUAGACGUCAGAUUAUUAAAACCUUCCACGUCAUUGACCAUCCGGAGUAUGCGUGGACUGUACGAGAAGCUUGGAACUGUAGUCAAUUUACAGGCACAGAUCAGUUUAAGUUGGUACGCUCUCUUAAGUCGUUGAAGAGGCCCCUGCGUAAGCUCAAUAAAAGACAUUACAGUGGUGUAUCCCAAAGAGUUAAGGAGCAGAGAGAGAAGGUGGAUACACUCCAGAGAUCCUUACUUACCACACCUGAUGUUUCAACAGCUCGGGAGGAGCACGUUGAGAGGGAAAAACUGAAUGUUCUUCUUAAGGCAGAGAAGUUCUAUAGACAAAUGUCAAGAUCUCGAGUCAUGCCUCACGAAAUCAUAUAUAUCCACUACCUUAAAGAUGCUGAUGAUAGAUUGUUUUACUCGAUGGAUGAUAUCAAAACCCACGCUGCAGAUUAUUUCAAGAAUUAUUUGAAGCGAGAAGUCACUGCAGCUGAGAUCAAAGCUACACUAUUCGCCAUGCCAUUGAAUAAGAGCCCGGGACCAGAUGGCUAUUCCGUUGAGUUUCUUCGAGCUUCUUGGGACAUAGUAAGGGAGGAUAUUACCUGUGCCGUUAAGGAAUUCUUCCGCAAUGGAAAAUUACUCAAGGAUAUGAACAUAACAGCAAUCGCGCUAAUACCAAAAAAAGCCGGAAGCUUGCUGCCUUACUGA